AUGGAAUGGAAUUUAGCGCAUUUUGAAGUUGCACUGGAAAUUUUUAUUUGUUCGCUAAAACAAACACAGUGUGAAAAAAUUCGAUGUCCAUAUGGGUCGAAAUGCGUUGAAUCAAGUGGCGAAUGCAUCUGUAGAACUGCAUGUCAUCGAAAAGGAAUUGCUGUUUGUGGUACUGACAGUGUAUCGUAUCCCACAGAGUGUCAUCUGUCAAUACGAUCAUGUAAAAAUACAAAGUUGGGUAAACCGGAAAUUCGAAUGAAACAUUAUGAGCAGCAGAAUCCAUGCGCCGAUUUACAGUGUGGUCCAGGAAGUGAAUGCCUAGUUUCUGAAGUUAAUGGUGUUUUAUCUGGCCGUUGUCAGUGCCCGGAAACUUGCGAUGAUUACGGUGACAGCGUUGAGUCAUCACCGGUGUGUGCAUCUGACGGACAUGAUUAUGAAUCUCUUUGUUUGAUGAGACUUCACGCAUGCAAAACGCAGGAAAAUAUUACUGUUAAGUUUUACGGAAGAUGUGAUCCUUGUGAAGGUUUCAAAUGCGCUUUGGGUACUGUAUGUAAGUUGAAUGCGGAACGGAAGCCUGAAUGCCGUUGUUCAGAACAAUGUUCUCUUGAGAGACGUCCAGUUUGUGCGUCUGAUGGAAAUACGUACGAAAAUGAAUGCUUAAUGUUAGUGUCUGCAUGUCGCUCGGAUACUGUCUUAAGGAUUAUUUCAAAAGGGCACUGUACAGGAGAAAAUCCCUGCGCGCAGAAGAGAUGCGGCACUGGUCAAAAAUGUUUUAUUCAUAGGAACGGUACAGCAGUAUGUCGUUGCAGAGCAGCUUGUCCACCAAUAAUGAGACCAGUUUGUGGAUUGGAUGAGAAAACCUACGAUAACGAGUGUGAGUUAAAACGAAGAGCUUGCGAAAUGGGAAUUGAAAAUCAUGUUCGAUAUUACAGCUCAUGUGGCUUGGGUAUUUGUGCCGAUUCAUCCCUCUGCAAGCCCCCGAAAAUUUGCGUUUUGCGUAACAAUCAACCCGUUUGUGAGUGUGAACAGUGUAGCUCACAACUUGAUCAGGUUUGUGCCUCGGAUGGUAUUACCUAUUCAAACCCGUGUAAGAUGCGCCUGGAAGCCUGCCGGACAGGGAAAGAAAUUUUCAAGAGAUACAGGGGCGUUUGCGAAGGGUGUGCAAACGUGAAAUGUGAAUACUAUUCUUAUUGUAUGGCUGAUAAUCUUGGUGUUGGACGGUGUCGUUGCGUCGAAGACUGUUCAGCUGAAAAUCAGGAGGCAGUUUGUGCCACUGAUGGGAUAACGUACGAAUCUGAAUGUCAUAUGAGAAAGGCGGCUUGUGAACAGCAAAAAUUUGUCAUGGUUUCCUUCAAAGGUAGCUGUGAUAGUUGUUCCAAUGUGGUGUGCCCGUAUGGUCAGAAAUGUGAAGAUGGCUCAUGUUCGUGCCCAACAAGCUGCCCCGAUUCGACGCCUUAUCAAGCGGUUGUAUGCGGGGAAGAUGGUGUUCUGUACCAAUCCGAAUGUCAUCUUCAGAAAGAAUCCUGUUUGAGCGGUGCACCAAUACAAAUACGUCCUUAUGAAGAGUGCACAUCGGGAAAAUUGGCCAGUGCAUCUGUUGGUUGUAACUCUGAAAACUGUUCAUAUGGUGGGUUCUGUGUGGAUAUGAAAGGCAACGGCAUCGAAGAAUGUAUUUGUGACUUUAGCUGCAACGUGAAACCAAACAGCGAAAUAUGUGCAUCUGACGGUGCUGUUUACAAUUCAACUUGCUAUAUGGACUUAAUGUCUUGCAAACAGCAAAAGCCAAUUUACGUUAAUGGCCCAUUGGUCACUUGUGUUUAUGCUGACGAGUGUGGUUGUAAUCGAGUAGGAUCCUAUGACAGUAAUUGUGAUGCUGAUGGGCAGUGCAGAUGUCGGCCUGGAGUUGGUGGAUUGAAAUGCGAUCAUUGCGUUUCUGGUUUCUGGGGAAUCCAUUUGAUUGUGCGAGGAGCAGUCGGAUGUCAACCUUGUGGUUGUUCGGCGUAUGGAUCUUCGCGAACUGACUGUGAGCAAUCUAGCGGUCGUUGCCAGUGCAAAAACGGCGCUUCUGGUGAGAAAUGUAAGAACUGUGCUCCCGAUUCUAUUUUAACAUCUAGCGGGUGUGUCCCGAAAGAGGAGUAUAGAGCUCCAAGAGACUGUGAGUCGACCCAGUGUUUACACGGCGCGAAAUGUGUGAUCUCGGCUACCGAUAUGCCAGACUGUAUUUGUCCGAGGCAUUGUUCAGUGGAUCAUUUUGGAAUGGUCGCGAAUAUGACAGUUUGUGGUAGUGAUGGAAACACUUAUGAAAAUAUGUGCGAACUAAUGCAGUUUGCUUGCACACAUCAAUUGGAUUUAGUUCCAGCUUCGUUAGGUGUCUGUGAUUCUGCGCGAGAUAAGGAUGAUAUCUUUAUGAGGCGAGAAAGAAAAAAAGAAGAAGCUUCUGGGAUUGGCAGUUUUUGCACAAGUGAUGAGGAGUGUAGAAUUGAAGAGUCGUUUUGUUUGAAAAAGGACUUGGAUGAUAAAGGCAUAUGCGCGUGCAAAAUAGGAUAUCAGUUCUUUCGUUCCUCGAAGCAAUGUAUUCCUGCUAUUGACCUUCGGCCGGAAUCGAAAAUUUGUCAUGGUGUGGACUGUGAGACUGACAGUCUGCGCAUAGAUGCUAAAAAAUCUCUGGAGGUUGAAAUAUGGCUCAAAGUACUAGCUCCAGACGGACUGGUCUUCUAUUGGCCUAAACUCAACAAGAACAAAAUAUACGAUAAUGGCGAUUUUGUAGCUCUUGUAAUCAUCGCAUACCAACCUCAUUUCUUUUGGAAUCUUGGUUCUGGAAUUUCUUACGUGAAAGCGUCAUCUGUUUUAUCGAGUCAUCGCUUCUACUCAAUUCGCUUUGGACGAUUUCUUCGAAAUGGUACAAUUCAGGUGGAUUCGGGAUUUGUGGCUCGCCAAAGCUCUUUGCCGAAAAAUCAACAUUUGGAUGUAUAUGGAUCAGAUCUAUUUAUUGGAGGCGUACCAGACCAGAAGAUGCUUCCUUCCUUUAUUUCUGAAUUUGUGUUUCGUUUCAAAGGUGCAAUUCAACAACUUAGUAUAAAUGGCAUUAUUUAUGCAGAAAUUUAUAAGGACUUGCGGAAAGCUGGUGACGUUCGUUUCUACGAAGGUGCCCCAUGUCUUAAAGGCAUUUGUGGUGAUGGUUUCUGUUUUGCAAAGUUGAAUAAUUUUACGUGUCAAUGUCCGCCUGAUACAUCUGGAUCUCAAUGUGAAAAAAAAGGAGCCGAGUCAAAUUAUGAUGUUGGAGCUUAUUUUACUGGUGAUUCAGAAUACUCUUAUUUUAAUCGAGUUACUCAUGGCUUGAAGGGACAGCGUUCAGUAAAGUUUUCGUUUUGGUUUAAGACUGCAGCAUCUGAAGGCCUUAUUUGGUGGGAGAACAAAGGGGCCAGUAUCCAAAAUGAUUACUUAGGGUUGUUCUUACAUAAUGGAAGAUUAGGACGAAAGAAUCGUGUGGAGUUACGAGUAGAUGCUGAAUCAAAUCUUUACUUUGCACCUGAGAAUUCUACAGGGCUGAAUUCCGACGGUGUUGUUUGGAUAGGUGGGAAAAAACAGCUACCAUCUGAACUUCCCUUACGCUCAUUGUUUCGAGGAUGCAUAAAAAAGGUUUUAAUUGAGGGUUAUCGACUAAGACUGCAAGAGGAUGUGUUGUCUACUAAGGGACCAAGUUCAUGUUCGGAAUAA